AUGGCGGACGAACAGGGAGAGGUUUUAAGUAUCGUCGAAAAACGACUCCAAGAGAUUGAGAGACGCGUUUUAAGCAGYGAAGAAGACCURAAAAGGUUUCAAAAUGAAUCGUGUUUAGAUACUCUAGGAAGAGUACAAAACGAGCUACAGCGUCUUGCUUCAAAGUAUCAAAGGAUAUCAGAAACCUGGAAGAAAAUGAAAGAUCUUGAAAACUUUUUAUCAGCAGAAUUCAUGGAUAAAGUGGCACUAGAUGAUGAUUCCAAAGCUGACAUUGUCAUUUCAGGUGAAAAUCAGCUAAGAUUAUGUUGUGAACAACUUCAUGAAAUUGAAGAUAUGAAGAAGAUUGUGAAUACAGAACCUUUAAAAGAUCUUCCRACAUGGUCAUCUAAAAUGGAGCCAUUGAUUGAAAUACAUAUCAAUCAGAAGGAAUUACUUGAUGGAACAACUUCAAGACUAAACAAUCUUCUUUCAAACUACAAUAAUAUUAUUACAAUGCUGUCAAAGCAGUUUGUUGAAUGGGACAAUAUUUUAACACGAAUGGAGAUUGAACUGGAUACAAAACCAUCYGAGUAAAAUAUAGAACAGUAUAAUGUGCUUCAAAGCCUUUAGCAAGUUUCCAUUUGUUGAAAAGUAUCCACUACUUAAUUCAAGGCAGAGAAAUGUUGAAUGCUGAUUUAGGACCACAACACAUGUUAAGGUUAA